CGUCCAUGUCGCGUCAGUCGACUCCGGCGCCUCGGGACUCUGAAAGCCCAGCACCUGACGGCCAGUCCCUCGAGCGACCUGCAGAGACCCUGCAAGCUGGACCGCAGUUGACUGAGCCGGAUUAUGAUUCGAAAUGCAGGGAUCUCAAGCGGAAGGUUGAGGAUAUUGAAGCAGAAAAUGAUAGACUGUAUCUCAAGGUCCUGCACGCGAAGCGGAAUAUCCAACGAAUGAAGCUGGAACGAGCUGUCUUGUACGAACGCCUCACGACCAUUCCGCCGUCUCCUGAGCUGAGGGAUCGUCCCCUUCCUGUACCUCCACCGCCGGUCAUAUCCCACGAGCCGCCUGUCCCUCCUCCCCCGCUUCCACCACCGUCGCCGCGUACGAUGCAAGCGGCGAAUGGCGAAGGAUAUCGACUACGACCUAUCCCCCCAGAGGCUAGAAGGUCGCCAGGCCCUCCAAAAGUUGUUCCCGGCCCUGGUGGACGACCAAUGGUGGUGCAGGAUCCUGUAAUUCCGCCGCCAGAGAUGUCCUCCACCCCCUCCACCCUCUGACGCGCGUCAUAUGCCCCGCGGCCCUCCAGGACCGCCAGGACCUCCAC